UGGUGUCUGAGUCUGCAGGUGAAACUGCUUAGGUACGGAGCACAGAGUCUGAGCAGGGACGCUCCGGGCUGCAGCCUGGAAUGGAAUCCGCCAGCCUCGGAAGCUGCUCCCCUCGUGGGUGCUCGGGCAGCGCCUCCGCGGAGCUCGGAGGAUCCCGUUAGCACUUGUCCAGGGAUGUGCACCUGCGUUGCGUGGCGAGCGCUCGGGCAGGUCUGCAGGCAGCGGAGGGAGCCGUGAAGCAGGAGGAACAGUCUUUGCCCAUGUGCAAAGCAUUAAUUCCGGGAGAGAGAGGGCGGGUGAGUCUCUUUUAGAGUUGGAAGGAAGGCACGAUCUUGCGUUUCUCUUCGGUGGAGGAAGAGAGGACUCCCCAGGUCUGGUUUGGCACUUUCCUUCGCUCUCCACCCGCGUGUGCCUCGGCCCGACGUCGAAGCCCCACUUCAAACAUGCUGUGGGUGCCCGGCAUCCUUGUUACUCAGCUGGAAGGCGGCAGGCAAGUGGUCUGACGGCGGUCGCGGAGGCAGCAGCAGCAGCAAAGAGGAGAGCAAGAGAAUUUGAAAAGAGACACCCGCUCCCUCUACACACGCUGAAUCGGGGGCAUUCGCCUUUCCCCAAAUGAGAAGGAGCCACGGGAAAUCAUGAAGUAAAAACUUUGGAAAGCUGCCACUGGAAAUGUUGCACGAAAAUCUGGAAUCUUUUAGGAGUCUCCUCCCAGUCGGUGGAGGUUUGGGCAGCAGCUGAUACAGCAAGGAGGGCUCUUGCAAGGAUUCAAGUUCCAGGAGCCCUGGAGGAGCGGCACAGAGCGGGAGAGUGUGGCGAGAGAAUGAAGACACCAACUGCCCAGGAGAAGCAUGAGGUGGCAGAGUGGCACUCUGUUUAGAGGGCUUCGGCCAGCGGUGGUGGCGGCAGCAGCCCCAUGGGCGACUCUGCUGGCACUGGGCCUUCCUGGUUGGGUGCUGGCUGUCUCGGCCACGGCAGCCGCUGUGGUCCCGGAGCAUCAUGCCUCCUCGGCCGGCCAGCCGCCCCUGGACUGGCUGCUCACAGAUCGGGGCCCGUUCCACCGUGCGCAGGAGUACACUGAUUUCGUGGAGCGCUACCGCCAGGGUUUCACCACCAGGUACAGGAUCUACAGGGAGUUUGCCCGUUGGAAAGUGAACAACUUGGCUCUCGAAAGGAAGGACUUCUUUAGUUUGCCAUUGCCUCUUGCCCCAGAGUUUAUCCGGAACAUCCGCCUCCUCGGAAGGAGACCCAACCUGCAACAGGUUACUGAAAACCUGAUCAAAAAGUACGGCACUCAUUUCUUACUUUCUGCCACCCUUGGAGGAGAAGAGUCCCUGACCAUUUUUGUGGACAAGCGGAAACUGAGCCGAAAGUCGGAGACGGCAGGGAGUGCCCCUAUAGUCGGGGGCAGUGGGAACAGCUCGGCCGUGUCCCUGGAGACCCUGCACCAGCUGGCAGCCUCCUACUUCAUCGACAGAGAGAGCACCCUGCGACGGCUGCACCAUAUCCAGAUAGCCACAGGGGCCAUCAAGGUCACAGAGACCAGGACCGGCCCCCUGGGCUGCAGCAACUACGACAACCUGGACUCGGUCAGCUCCGUCCUGGUACAGAGUCCGGAGAACAAGGUGCAGUUACUCGGCCUGCAGGUGCUGCUGCCCGAGUACCUGCGUGAGCGCUUCGUGGCCGCCGCGCUCAGCUACAUCACAUGCAGCUCCGAGGGUGAACUCAUCUGCAAGGAGAAUGACUGUUGGUGCAAGUGCAGUCCCACCUUCCCGGAAUGUAACUGUCCCGACGCCGACAUCCAGGCCAUGGAGGACAGCCUGCUGCAGAUCCAGGAUGCAUGGGCCACUCACAACCGGCAGUUUGAGGAGUCAGAGGAAUUCCAGGCGCUGCUGAAGAGGCUGCCCGACGACCGGUUCCUCAACUCCACAGCCAUCUCCCAGUUCUGGGCCAUGGACACCAGCCUCCAGCACCGCUACCAGCAGCUGGGAGCCAGCUUGAAAGUACUGUUCAAGAAGACCCAUCGGAUUGUCCGCCGGCUCUUCAACCUCUGCAAGCGCUGCCACCGGCAGCCCCGCUUCCGCCUGCCCAAGGAGAGGUCCUUGUCCUACUGGUGGAACCGAAUCCAGUCCCUGCUCUACUGUGGAGAAAGCACCUUCCCUGGCACCUUCCUGGAACAGAGCCACAGCUGCACCUGCCCCUACGACCAAUCUUCCUGCCAGGGCCCCAUCCCCUGUGCCUUGGGGGAAGGGCCCGCCUGUGCCCACUGUGCCCCAGACAAUAGCACACGCUGUGGGAGCUGCAACCCAGGCUACGUGCUCGCCCAGGGGUUGUGCCGCCCUGAGGUGGCUGAGUCCCUGGAGAACUUUCUGGGGCUGGAGACAGACUUGCAGGACCUGGAGCUGAAGUACCUGCUGCAGAAGCGGGACAGCCGCAUCGAGGUGCACUCCAUCUUCAUCAGCAACGACAUGCGGCUGGGCAGCUGGUUCGACCCCUCCUGGAGGAAACGCAUGCUGCUCACCCUGAAGAGCAACAAGUACAAGCCCGGGCUGGUGCAUGUGAUGCUGGCCCUAUCCCUACAGAUCUGCCUCACCAAGAACAGUACCCUGGAGCCUGUCAUGGCCAUCUACGUCAACCCCUUUGGGGGCAGCCACUCGGAGAGCUGGUUCAUGCCCGUGAAUGAGGGCGACUUCCCCGACUGGGAGAGGACUAACGUGGACGCAGCUGCCCAGUGCCAAAACUGGACUAUCACCUUGGGCAAUAGGUGGAAGACCUUCUUUGAGACAGUCCAUGUUUACCUGCGGAGCCGCAUCAAGUCCCUGGAUGACAGCUCCAAUGAGACAAUCUACUAUGAGCCUCUGGAGAUGACUGACCCCUCCAAGAACUUGGGCUACAUGAAAAUCAACACCUUACAGGUCUUUGGCUACAGCCUGCCCUUUGACCCCGAUGCCAUCCGGGACUUAAUUCUCCAGUUAGACUACCCAUAUACUCAAGGUUCCCAGGACUCUGCCCUCUUGCAGCUCAUCGAGCUUAGGGACCGGGUCAACCAGCUCUCUCCCCCUGGCAAAGUCCGGCUUGACCUAUUCUCCUGCUUGCUCCGGCACCGGCUCAAGCUGGCCACCAAUGAGGUGGGCAGGAUUCAGUCCUCGCUGAGGGCGUUCAACUCCAAGCUGCCAAACCCCGUGGAGUAUGAGACAGGAAAACUCUGUAGCUAAUGGGGGACCCACUCCAGCACUGGGCAGGGAGGGGAUCCAUGAAUCCGGGGCGCAAAGAUCACCUAAGCCCUCACCUUAGUGCCAACAGGGUGCUCCCUUAAGACUGUCAGCACCCAGCUGAUGGGACCUCGGGGCUUGGACUGAUGCAGGCAGGAGAGGAAGAAACAGCCACGGCACACACGCGCACACUCACCACGCACGUGCACACAGCCGCACGCACUUGCACGGGGAAGCUACAGUUCAGCAUCCUGGAAUCUGUAAAGUUGGUGCUUUCUCAAAUGGAUGCGGUUGAAGGAGAGGAGCCUAGGGAGAGAUUCAGGAAAAGAACCAGCCAAACCCUGCAACACACAACUUCUUAAAAGUGAUUCUUAUCAUUCAAGAAAGCCAGAGGGAACAGCAGUGGGAGGGUGAGCGCUGCCUCUCCCUCGGUGGUGGAGUCACUUUUCUAUUCUUUUUAACCAGAUUUCUUAAAAUGGUGUUGUUUCGUGAUUGGUUCUUACUUUUUGUACGCUGCCUCCUCUAAGCCCUCCAGACACGGACUGCUCCUGGAGCCGGCUCCCCUGGGAAACGAAAAGUGACACCCUCAGAGGACGGCUAAGGGCAGGCAGGCAGCCCUGCUCCCCCUCCCUUGGGCCCCUAGCUUCCUUGGCCUCCCCCCGUUUCAGGGCCGGGCGUGCUCCACGUUCCCCUCGGGAUCCAUCUGGUGCUCCUCUCCCAACAGCAUCCCAUUUUGUCCAAGAAAGCAGCUCUGUCAAGUUAGAGACCAUGUAUAGGGACAUUUUCUUUAAGAAAAAAACAAAAAAACAGAAAAAUAUGUAUUUUGUGUUUGUUUUUCUUGUCAAUCUGCUCCAGCCACAAGAACAGAUGAGUAAAAGUUUAACUGGUUUAAUA